AUGGUUUUCUCUUACGGCCGUGUGUUUACGGCUGCUUGUGCCCUGAUUGGCACUGCCGCCGCUGUCACCACUCUUGAGGUUGAUGGCAAGGACUUUAUCAACUCCAAGACCAAGGAGCGUUUCCAGAUCAUCGGUGUUGACUACCAGCCCGGUGGUGAAUCCGGCUUCAGCGCUAAGAAGGAUCCCCUGAGUCAGCCCGAUGCCUGUCUCCGUGAUGCUACCCUCAUGCAGCAACUGGGCAUAAACACCAUCCGUGUUUACAAUGUCGAGCCCACCCUGGACCACAACGAGUGUGCCUCCAUCUUCGAUGCGGCCGGUAUCUACAUGAUCCUCGAUGUCAACUCCCCCUACUCCACUGGCUCGCUGAACCGCGCCAAGCCCUGGACCAGCUACAACGCUGGCUAUUACGAGCAGGUAUUUGGUGUUAUCGAGGCCUUUAAGGCGUUCGAUAACGUCCUCGGUUUCUUUGCUGGUAACGAGGUCAUCAACGAGGACGCUACCUACAGCGCUCCUGCUUACGUUCGUGCUGUCAUUCGUGAUAUGAAGCAGUACAUCAAGAACAAUGUCGACCGUACCAUCCCCGUCGGUUACUCUGCUGCUGAUGUCCGUGAUAUCCUCAUGGACACUGCGGCUUACUUCGAGUGCUCCAUGUCCAACUCCACCGAGUCAACUGCUGACUUCUUCGGUCUGAACUCUUACUCUUGGUGUGGUGAUGCCUCUUACAAGUCCUCUGGAUAUGACGUUCUCACUGAGGACUUCUCCAACGCCACUCUGCCCGUCUUCUUCUCUGAGUACGGAUGCAACGAGGUUACUCCCCGUACCUUUACCGAGGUUCAGGCUCUGUACGGCGAGGACAUGACUCAGGCUUUCUCUGGUGGUCUUGUUUACGAGUGGACCCAGGAGGACAACAACUACGGUCUCGUCAACGUCAACAGCUCCUCCGUCGUCACUACCCUGAUUGACUUCGACAACUUGAAGAAGCAGUUCAACAAGCUCGAUAUGGACCGCAUCUCGACUGCGAACAAGACCCAGACUAGCAUCUCUGCUCCCGAGUGUGCUGCUGAUCUUAUUACCAGCUCUGACUUCUACAAUGCCUGGGACUUGCCCGAGGCUCCUUCCAAGGUCUCUGACUACAUCAAGAGCGGUCUGCCCAACGCCCCCUCUGGCUCUGUUGUCUCUGUUACCAGCACCUCCCUCUCCCAGACUGUGUACGACUACACCGGUGCCCAGAUCACUGGCCUCACUUUCAAGAUCCUGAGCGAUGACGAGAGUGCUGGCCCCAGCGGUAGCAGCUCGUCUUCCUCUUCCUCGGGAACCUCUACCUCCACCAGCAACGCUGCCAUGGUCAACGGCGCCCCACUUGCCCUUGGUGGAAUUAGUGGUUUCUUCAUGCUGCUUGCUUCAUUGAUGUAA